AUGAAUCCAGAAGAAGAACAGGGUCGAACCUUGGUGGAGGUGAUCAGGGAACGGUACAGUCCAGAGAACUUCCCCUGGUGCACAGGUCCUAUAAGGACGGUGUUCGUGCCCAGCACAGGUCCUCAAGGUUCCCAUUUGAAAGACCGUGUGAACCUGCCCAGUGUGAUGGUGCUGGAUGGCUGGGGCGUCAGCCAGGCAGGAGACCAGGCGUGGAUCGUGGCUUUCUGUGCUCACGUCACAAAGCUGGACUUGUCCCACAACAAGCUGCAGGACUGGCCCGAGAUAAAUAAAAUUGUCUCCAACACCCCGAACCUGGAGUCCCUGAACCUGAGCUACAACCACCUGGCAGGACUGACCCUGGAGCCCUGGUGCACCAAAGCCUUCUCCGGGGUCCGUAGUCUUAGCCUGAACAACACCAAAGUGUCCUGGGACACCGUGCUGCUGCUCAUUCGGGAGAUACCUGAGCUGGAGGAGUUGUUCCUGUCCCUCAAUGGCUACAGCAGUCUGAGUGCUCCCAGUGUGGCCUGUCCCAGCCUGCGCCUGCUCCACAUCACCCACAACAGCCUCCAGGACUGGGCCGAGGUCCGCAAGUUCAGCUCCAUGUUCCCCGGCCUGGAGACGCUGGUCAUGGCCAACAACAACCUGGCUUCCAUUCAGGACAACAAAGACGUCCUGCAGCGGCUCUUCCCCAACCUGCGCAGCAUCAACCUGCACAACUCAGGUCUACACCGAUGGGAAGACGUUGAGAAGUUGAACUUCUUCCCCAAGUUGGAGGAGGUGCAGGUGCAGGGCAUUCCCUUACUGCAGACCUUCACCGAAGAGGAGCGAAUACACCUCAUGAUAGCACAGCUUCCUGCAAUCUCCUGGAUAAACGGCAGCAUUGUGACUGACUGCGAGCGGGAAGCUGCCGAGAGGUUCUUCAUCCGUUACUACUCCGUCCACCCUGAAGAGGAGCAGCCUGUCAGAUACCAUUCCCUGGUCACCAAGUAUGGGAAGCUGGAGCCACUUGCCGAGGUCGACCUCCAGCCUCGCUGCUGCGCCCAGGUGGAGGUGCACUGGGAAGAAAAAGUGCAACAGCUGACCAUCCGAUUGGACCAGACAGUAGCUGGGCUGAAGAAGCAGCUGAGGACGGUGGUCCAGAUGUCCACCAGGAGCAUGAGGCUGUACUACAUCGACAGGACCAGCGUCUCCGGCCCAGAGGAAAUGAAGUUCAACACCUGGGCCCUCCACUCCUACAGCAUCCAAGAUGGUGAUCAGCUGCUGGUGGUACCCAAGACCAAAAGGAAAGCAGGCGUCAAACUGGCUGAUUAGAGUCUCUUCUUUAUUGACUGGUUGAUUUGAUUAUUUAUUUGCUGGUUAACUGGCAUUGCAGAAUAAUAGGAAUACGCAUGAUCUGGAUCUGCCCCCUUGUGGGAACAGAGAGAAUUGCAAUUUAUUUGUACGGCACCGCAACACCACAAACAUUGUUGAGCCAACUUGAGUUAUCCUCAGGUUGCUCCUACAAAUAAAUCUAUGGACAGAUCGAUGAAUGUGCAAUGCAGUAUUCAUCAUGUGAU